UUAUGCAUUCCAGUUCAUUGUUUCCCUCUCUUUUUCUUCAAUUUGAAUAGGGACAUGUGCAUUCCAGUGCAUUUUUUUUUGGCACAUUUUGAUGCGUUCCACUACAGUUCUGUGCAGAAAAAAAUGCAGCUUCUACUUUUUUUUUCUGCUACCGGAACUCACUGGAACUGCAAGCACUGAUGUGAACUAUGACAUUGACAACCAUAUCACCUACUCUCUGUGCAUUUUGGAUGCAGAAAAAAGCAACUGAAAUGCAUGUAGCAUGAACUGGCUCUUAUACU